UUAGGGCUUCGGAGCUCUGGGCAGUUGAGACUACACGCUCUCAGCCACUUCGGAAAGGGCCAUGGGUGUUUGGCAGAAACUGACCUUCCUCCUACUUUUCCUGCUUUUGCUGAUUGGCCUGAGGCAGCCCCCAUGGCCAGCAGCUAUGGCCGUGGCCCUGCGUUGGUUCCUGGGAGACCCCGCAUGCUUUGUGCUGCUUGGCUUGACAUUGCUGGCCAGACCCUGGAUCAGCCCCUGGAUGCCCCACUGGUUGAGUCUGGUAGCUGCGGCUCUCACAUUAACUCUGUUGCCUCCACAGCUACCCCCAGGGCUACGCUGGCUACACAAAGAUGUGGCCUACGUAUUCAAGAUCCUCUCCUAUGGCCUGAAAAUUAGGCAACUCCUUAACAGGCAGCCUCCAGAGACCUUUGUGAGUGCUUUGGAGCGGCAAGCGCAGGCACGGCCUGACCAGGUAGCUUUCGUGUGUACAGGGCCUGGGGCCUGUUCCAUUACGAACAGCCAGCUGGAUGCCAGGGCCUGUCAGGCAGCAUGGGCACUGAAAGCCAGGCUGAAGGAUACCACAAACCAGCAGGCCACAGAGACUGCUGCUCUCUUAGUGCUCCCCUCCAAGAACAUCCCUGCUUUGACUGUGUUCCUGGGGUUGGCCAAGCUGGGCUGCCCUGUGGCCUGGAUCAACCCAUAUGGCCGAGGGAUGCCCUUGUUACACUCUGUGCUGAGUUCUGGGGCCAGUGUGCUCAUUGUGGACCCAGACCUCCAGGAGAACCUGGAAGAAGUCCUUCCUAAGCUGCUAGCAGAGAAUAUCUGCUGCUUCUACCUUGGCCGCACGUCACCCACUCCAGGUGUGGAGGCUCUGGAGGUGGCCAUGGAUGCUGCACCUUCUGACCCAGUGCCUGCCAGCCUUCGAGCUAAGAUCCAGUGGCGAAACCCUGCCUUAUUCAUCUAUACUUCAGGAACCACCGGACUCCCAAAGCCAGCCAUCCUCUCACAUGAGCGGGUCUUACAAGUCAGCAAGUUGUUGUCAUUCUGCGGGGCCACAGCUGAGGAUGUGGUCUAUGUUGUUCUUCCUCUGUACCAUACAGUUGGCCUUAUCCUCGGAGUCCUGGGUUGCUUAGAACUUGGAGCCACCUGUGUCCUGGCCCCCAAGUUCUCUGCCUCCCGCUUCUGGGCUGACUGUCGGCAGCACGGUGUGACGGUGAUCCAGUAUGUGGGUGAGGUCCUGAGAUACCUGUGUAAUGUUCCUGAGCAACCAGAAGACAAGAAACAUCCAGUCCGCUUGGCAAUGGGCAAUGGACUUCGGGCAGAUGUGUGGGAAACCUUCCAGCAACGCUUUGGUCCCAUUCAGAUCUGGGAAUUCUACGGCUCCACGGAGGGCAACAUGGGCUUAAUGAACUAUGUGGGACGAUGCGGGGCUGUGGGCAAGACCAACUACUUCCUUCGAAUGCUGAAUCCCUUUGAGCUUGUACAGUUUGACGUAGAGACGGCAGAGCCUGUGAGGGACAAACAGGGUUUCUGCAUCCCUGUGGGGCCAGGAGAGGCAGGACUCCUAUUGACCAAGAUACUAAAGAACCAGCCCUUCCUGGGUUACCGUGGGUCCAAGGAACAGUCCAAGCAGAAACUGGUUACAGAUGUGCGCCGCUCAGGAGACCUCUACUACAAUACUGGCGAUGUACUGUCCUUGGACAGUGAAGACUUCCUCUACUUCCAUGACCGCCUGGGUGACACCUUCCGGUGGAAGGGUGAAAAUGUAUCCACACGAGAGGUGGAGGGAGUGUUGUCCAGCCUAGACUUCCUACAAGAAGUCAACGUCUAUGGCGUGCCUGUGCCAGGGUGUGAGGGUAAGGUUGGCAUGGCUGCUGUGAAGCUGGCCCCUGGGCAGAAUUUCGAUGGGCAGAAGCUGUACCAGCAUGUCCGUUCCUGGCUCCCUGCUUACGCUGUACCUCACUUCAUCCGUGUCCAGGACUCCCUGGAGGUCACGGGCACCUUCAAGCUGGUGAAGUCACAACUGGUGCGUGAGGGUUUUAAUGUGGCAGUCAUUGUUGACCCAUUGUACAUACUGGACAACAAGACCCAGACCUUCAGGCGUCUAAUGCCAGACAUGUACAAGGCCGUGUGUGAAGGAACGUGGAAGCUAUGACCAACUCAAAGGCUAUCCAAAAGUGUGGAAACCGACGCUGGCCAGGGUUCUUAGCAUCAACUUCACAAAGUUGUCCGGAUCCCAGAUACCCAUGGCCUAGCAGCACUUAGAGAA